GACACACGUUCGGCGCCAAGUGCGGGGGUCCUUCUGCGACGCCAGGCCGCGUGCUCCGUGCUUUGCUCUUGAUUCGUGCGGUGCAGUGGCUGGUGCGGUUUUUCACCUUGGCGCUUUCGCACCCGGACGAAGGACCGCGGGGCUGAGGAGGCAAGGAUGCGGCCUCUCGUUCGGAUUUGGAUACUUUGCGUCACAGCCCUGCUGUGCUGCUGCUGCCGAUGGGACGGCGGCGGCUGCUGGGCCGCUUCCACGUUGCGCACGUUACGCACCAGCCGGGCCAACAGUGGCGGUGCUGCGAGCGGCUCCGGGGUCGGUGACGUCAGCAGAACCAGCGGCAGCGCCUCGUGCCAGAACGACGAGGUGUCGGAGUGCGUGAGCAAGCUGGACCUGCUCUCGCAGAACAAGAGCCUCGCCUUCGCCACAACCGAGGCUGAGCUGAAGCGAAUCUGCGCUCACCUGACCGGCGCCAUGGACUGCGUGAACGCAUUCACCCACCGCUGCUUCAGCGAAAAGCAGCGAGAGAUCUACAAGCGGCUCACCAGCGGUGCGGCUCAGCUCAUCGAGGACUUCUGCCGGGAGGGUUCCCGGUUCAGGCUCACCUAUCUGAAACACUCCAAGUGCUACAAAGAAUUGCAAGAUGAUUACAACCAAUGCGCCUCAGUCUACAUGGCUCAGCGGGCCGAACUUCAAGGCCAGCCGCUUAGCGCCCAAGACAAAAUUCGGCAUUCGUGUUGCCAAAUGGACGGCUACAAACAGUGCGCCAAGACAGCUGUACUUCUGCGCUGUGACGUGGAAGCAGCUGAGCUGGCCGAAGACAUCAUAGUCAAGGCCGGCGGCUACCUCGUGUCUACGCACUGCUCUGGAUACCGCAUCGACGAGCCCAGCUGCAGCGGCUGUUCCACACGGGUAGCCAUCGCGCUGCCGGUGAUUCUAGCAGUAGCCGCCUGGCUGCACCUCUUCUCAACCUAGCCGCAGUACUCCGUCGGUAGGCUGCGCAGCCACAAUGAACAAACCACGCUUGCUGCAGUGCAGAUUCUUGCGGACAUCCGCACUGAAUGACUACAAACUGUGGCCUAAGGCCAAUGCGGGCGUAGUGAAGUUGAGUAGUGCUAGCGCUUGCCGUCUUAAGGGCUCCUCGCUGCCGUGAGCCUGCGAAGAUUGUCCUUUCAUGCUUGCCAACUGAAAGCGGAGCGGAAACAAAGCACAAGCGGUUUAGCAAUGGCUGACCACGGCUUCAUUCAUCCCUGCGCCGUCCGGAAGCGUACAUAGCCAUAGACGUCGCCGUGGGGACUGGGCAGUGAAACGACGAAACCCUUCCACGAGUGCAUCGUGGAAAACAGGAGCGAGCGUGUUCGCAUCGCUGACGAGAGUCGACGCUGGCGCUGGAAGCCUUUGUACUACUGCUUUUUCGACAACCACAUUGAUGCCGUUCUCCAUCAGUCAUCGAAGAGAAAUCAGUGACGUAACACAGAAGAAAAAAGCCAAAAUCAUAAUAAGAUCCUAAUUACUGAUAGCUUGAAUUUACGGACAAACGGCUAUUGUCCUCUGUCGCAGUGCGUUACGGACACUGAUGUGGACGUCAAAGACACGUUUUGAAACCUAAAAACUGCUCCAUUUCGAUGAAUUUGUCAUCCGGGUUACCUUGUCUUACACGACCACCUCAUUGAUAAAGCUGUGCCACUGUGGAGCCGAGGGUACGUCUCGGGGAACUUCAGCUUGAACAAGGCAUCCCCGUUACAGGAAGCCUGUGUGCGUACAUGAAUACUGUGACUAGUUAGCUCAUAGUAGUGUCGACACCGCAACAAUCUAAUAUGGCGUGCAAAGUUUCCAAUUGUGCCGACCCAGGGGCAAGUAAUACUAUCCUUUCAAUAUCGUCACCUUCCUUAAAGUUCAAAAAGUGAAGAACAUCACAUACUGGUAAUCAGCGACCACGCUGUAAGUACUGAGCAAGUGUACAGAGGAAGAUGACUGAGGGAAAGAUGCCUUGAGCCGUUACUACGAAUGGGAAAUCAGUGAAGAUAUUUGAAGCAUUGCAGUUUCUUCAUGCCAAUGUUCCAAGUCAAAUGGUUGAGAACGUACGAUUUGUAAAGUGCACUGAACGUCCAUAUUGGGCAAGUCUGUUUCUCUCUGCUCAUCGGAUGACUUGUUGUGACCACAGGACGCAAGUCAUCAGCGUGUUAAAAUGAUGCCCAUGCCUCUCGUAUUUCGAGCCUGGGACCACUCACUGGACAACUAGAAGCGAUACAGACACUGAGAGAAAAUAUAAAUAUCGUUAAUACAUAUACUGGUCAUGAUAUAUAUAUAUAUAUAUAUUGGCCGGUAGUAACUGCGAAGAGUUUAUAGAAUUUCGCCCUUCGGUCCCAAGAGUACGAAGAAAGUAUGCAGCGCAGAGUUUCUCUCGCGACGUCAGUAACUGCGUCCAGCACUUCAGCGCGCUCUCCGAAAGCCUAUACUUGUGGCUUUCCAGCCAGUGUGCAUCAGCUGUAUUUUCCAACUACCGGGGACUCUCCGCUUCGUUUCAACAUGUUUGCUGAUGUGAGAGAGGUUAGUGGUGACGCAGUGCGCGCGCUGCCACGUGCGUUUGUGUGACCGGCGAACCAGCAAAUUAAGUCUUUAGUGUUUGCUGUGGACCAGACAAGGAGGCGUUGACGUGCGUUGGGAUGCGAGAAAUUACGCGAGCGCAUUCUUCUGCUCGUCCCCUUUGAACAGCACAAGAUGGCUAGCAUACUGAUAUUAGAGCACUCAGGACGAGCGCACAACCUGGCGCAACCAUCUGUGGCACAGAGUAUUUCCUCUAUUCUUUGCGCGCGACGUUCCGCUUCAACGGUGCUGCGAGCGUGAGGCCGGCCAUCUUGACUGGGGCCACUUUAGUUGUUGGAGAAGCCUGCUUACAGAAUUUUGUGUGUCCGCUUCCCGAAUGUCCUGUGGUGCGCGGCCCACUCUCCCUAGUCGCUACGUGGAAGAUGAAUACUCAUUUGGCAGGAGACUUUUCGGAGACUGCCCGUUUCGCAAGAAGCACAGUGUUACGUAGCUGCGUCGCUCCUGUGUGAAGUGCUGAAAAAGAAACAGAGAAGGAACUCGACGACCACAUUUUAUAGUGUUUCCCUAUGAAAGGCUGUAAUCCCUUUUUCCAUUACUGUUGUUUGUUGCUUAAGUACUUGUGUUACUGCUGUAGCUGAAUUGAUGUAUGGGUCAGCAUUUGUUGUGUUUGCAAACAAGUUUCUCUGGUUCAGCUUAUAGCUCCACUUAUAUCAGCUGAUUGAGCGACACCUUCCUCCAGUUAAUAAAAUCAGGUUGUCAGAGGGCAAAUAAUAAUUUUUCUGGUUAAAAUUCAUAGCGAUUACAGAGGUAAGUGUAUAAUAAUCGCUGAUAAAUGUUUGAAAAUACUGGCUAACUUGUUCUUUUUUUUUGGUAGUUGCAUUGACGUGCAAGUUGCAACUGCCAAAAUGAAGCCUGUCAACGCUCGAGGCAGGUCAGCUUACUAAGAUUCCGGGAAUUGGCACCAGUUUCGAGACGUCUCUCCCGAAUGCGAGACAACUCUGCGUAAAACAUCACUGGUCUUAGGGACGAAUACGUUGAAACUGGGGCUAUUCUUAUGAUUUCUGCUAAGUCGACGUGCCUUAAGCAGUGCCUGGUUUUAACUCCAAGAUUUCAGGGUGCACGAUAAUCUUACUAACUGGAUAGUAAAUUGGUAAGCUUAGUCAUAGCGUACAUUGGUGAAAUUCGAACAAUAUCCCACGUGCACCGCUGCUGCGAAGUAUGAGAAAAAAAUUAUUUUUUCUAAAAUCUCCAAUAUUUAUUUAUUAGAAGUGCUCGUUCAUGACACUCCAUAGAGGCGUCAAGAGCCAUUUUGUGCAGAAUAAUGAGAAGGAUAGUUUAUUCUCUUGUUGUUGCCGUUGUGCGAAACAGUGCUAACCACGCUGUGUACCAAGAUUUUAAACACGUUCACUUACAUUUUCCAUUUUGCACAACAGUGGCUGCUAAGUGUUGAUCUAGGCACACUUGUAGAAAAACAGUGUUGAGUAGAAGCCGUUAAAAAGUGAUGUACAAAUAUGUGGUGUUUACGCUAAGACCUACAUUUAGUUCCAGUAAUGAAGGUCAUGCUUGUAAAAUAAAGUUGGGUGAUUAUUU